CCGUCGCUCCCGGCACCCUCAGUCAGUAGGUUUUGGUGCCGAGUUUUCCUCAAGGUGAUGUUAGUGUCUCCAGUGAACGAGCUGAAGUGUGGGCAAGAUGGAGUUGUAAGGUGAUGUUGGUGUCUCCAGUGAACGAGCUGAAGUGUGGGCAAGAUGGAGUUGUAAGGUGAUGUUGGUGUCUCCAGUGAACGAGCUGAAGUGUGGGCCAGAUGGAGUUGUCUUACUUUACACCACAGGAACUAUGAACUUACCCAAGUCUUCUCAUUAACCUCAUGCCAUCUAGAACGACAAUACCAUGAAGCAAGUGACAGUCCUGGCAGUAGUAGGUGUGGGUGUGUUCUACCUGAUGUCCUUGACCUUCCUCCUUGUCUGGUAUAAACACCUCUUCACGACAGAGGAGGGCGUACCCCAGCUGACGAACAGAGCGCAUACGAGGAAAGAUAAAGUUGUCCCUCCUGUACAUAGUCACCUCCACUACUCCCUUUAUCAUCGUCAUCAUCACCUUCUCGAAAGAGAGGAAGAAAGUGAAGGGUUCCUAUCAAUGGCUUAUAGAGAAAAUAAUCAAUCGCGGGACACUGAAACAGUAAUGGGUGUUUCAAAGAUGGCUGAUGUGACGACAAUAAACGUGAACAAAAGAGAUGGUGAUAGCAAACAUUUCUACGAGACGAGAGCGAACAUCAGAAGAGCUGGCAUCAACAAUCGUUCAACAGCCAACGUUAUCACAAAACAAGACGCCACAAAACGUUUCAGCUUAAUGGUGACCAGAAAUAGACACUGGAGAGGACGUAAAGAAUCGACAACGAACACACUCAGGAAAGAAAAUAUCAGCGAACAUUCCACUACGGUGAAGACUAAGAUCAAGACAGUUGGAGAAAACCUAGAAGCGGCAGAGGACGAGGAUGGUUCGGAUACUUCGAGUGGUGUUACGGAGUUAGUGGAGCGAGGCGUUGAUAUUGACGUCCAGGUCAGCAAAUGGUCUCUGGUGAUCAAGGUGAAUGGGAAACAGGUGGUGCAAGAGAACAUGGAACUAACAGACGUGAAGUUCAUGAGAAAGGGAGGACUCUACCUGACUGUGUUACACCCCUCCAGCGCCUCCGUCGUCCACUUCUCCAAACACCGGACCUUCGAGACGUCGGGGGACGAGGGGUUGCUGAGGGUGGUGGAAGGUGUACAGACAGGCAGGAUCCUGGUGCUGGCCAACAUGCACGAGGGGUUCAUGCAGUUGUCGAAUGAAGCUGUCCACCUGCUGGCUAACCAUGGGUCUACUGCCAUCCUCGACAACACCAUAGGUGACAGAUGGGCGUGGAUAUGGACAAAGGGCGGUCGUACAUGGGCGGAAGCGGUUGUGUUCUCCGUGCACAGUGCGAAGUUCCAGCUGCAAGGUGGCCCGAUACACCUGCACGUCCACCUGCCCCACGUGUCUCUAACAGAGUGUGAAUGCCCUUCUUGGCCGAGAGGCGGAGUGUGGGAGACGAGGAGAAAGUUCUGUCAGAAGUACGAUGGUUAUGGCGACCUGUGUGACUGUGACCAUCCCAGACCACUCCCACCUACAUCACCACCACCAUCUCCCUCCCAGGUAAGAGACGUGGAGGUGAGGACCAUCCCUACUGUGGUGGUGGCCAGUGAGAGACCUCUCUACCUCGACAGGUGUCUUCGUCGGCUACUGUCGGUGGCUGGAAGCAACCCUCGGCAGACUCUGGUUGUGGCUGAUGGUCAUCCUAACGCAGGCCUACGGGAGGUCAGCGCCCUAGCCAGUCUUUACGGCUUGAAGUUCUUGGGUCACGACUCCGGGGGCCACAACUCCACACUUCGCAUCACCCGUCAUUAUAAGGUGGUGUUUGACUCUGCCUUCAUUACGUUCCCCAAGGCCAACCAGGUCAUCAUCUUGGAGGAGGACCUUUAUGUCGCGGCAGACUUCUACAACUACUUCACUCAACUGGCACCGCUGCUGGAGGCUGACUCAACCCUUUACUGUGUGUCGGCCUGGAAUGACCUGAGUCUAGCUGGUUCUGGUGGUGAUCCCGCCCUGGUGAUGCGUUCUGAGACUAUGGCUGGCCUGGGCUGGCUCCUCUCCCGAAACAUCUAUGAUGAGAUCAUACCUAAAUGGCCGGCCUACGACAAGUACGCAGACUGGGACAUGUGGCUUCGUCUUCCCGCCCAACAGAAGGGACGCGAGUGUCUAGUGCCGGAGGUGUCCAGGACUUACCACUUCGGGAUAACGGGCGUCCACCUCACUGCUCAUUUCCAGGCCACUCACUUUGCCCACACUGCCCUCAACACUCACCCACACGUCAAGCUCAAGGACCUACACAGGCUGGGACCCAAGACCUACGACGCCCUGCUGAAGGAAAUGUUGAUUGGGGGAAUUCACCUUGAUGGGGGAGCCACUAACCCCUGCUCCGCCGACCUCCUGCCUCGUAACUCAACCCAUCAUCACGUCCUCUGGAUCAAGAUGAACCAAAUUUCGGACGACUAUACGUUGAUGGGCGUUAUGUCGUGUCUACUGCUGUGGGACCUGGACGUGCGGGGACAGCACAACCUGCUGUGGCGGCUCAGGUGGAGGGGCACGACUCUGCUGCUGGUGGGAUGGCCUGCCUCUCCCUUCUCGACAUUGAAACCCAAGGACGUUCGUAUAAUGAUGAGGUACGACCCCAAGAGCAGGGACUACGACCCCCCAGUGUACCAGUACCUGAACCCCAACACAACAACCACACCGCAGCAACCCUGAUUCCUUCCCACGUACAGUACGACUUCUAGCUAUGAUACCAUGACGACCCCCCCUCCCCGCCAGAUACGACCCAAGUAAUGACUCCAGGGGUGAAUCCAGUGUGACUUCAGAUGCGACCACCAGGUAUAAUUCCAGGGUACUGCCCCUCGAUACUACCACUAGAUACAAUACCAUGUAAGAAUCGGUUCUUUUGUCAUGAACUGAACAUGGAUUUAAUUUUAUUGUUAUAAAUAAAAAAACAAUUUUGUACAACGAUUUGUAAUUCAUUUAUUUAUACAUUAUCUUGUUUUACAUUUAGUUCGUUAGAAACUAAGGACAGAUAUUAACAUUUAGAGCCAUGGAAAUAAACAUUCCAUAAACAUUCAGACUCCAGCUGAGUAUUUGCUGUGAAACAUACGAGUAAAUCACUAUCAUUAACGUGAGGAAAAGAUGAAUAUAUACAGUAAUCAACAACAGGAGGCACACUGAAGAAAAACCAGACUACGUAAUAAACGAAAAAAUUAAAGGAACGAGAAAAAAAGAAAGAGAACGUGGACUGUACCUGAAUGACUGCGUAGAGAAGAGAUAAAUGGGAAGCCAGAACACACGUUGGUGACCGGCCAACUCAGAAGACUUCUCCUAGCAGGUGUAGAGGUCUUUCCCCCGAUCAUAUCUUGUACUUGGACCUGUUAGCAGUGAACCAUUGUCCUAAAGAGAGUUUCACCUGUGUGCUCGAAGCCUCCCUUGACUACAUGAGUCCUCCCUCAGUCUUCAGGCGUCAUCCUAGUCAACAAGGACCUUAUAUCAUGACGAAGGACCGUUGCUUCGUAGCCUCGGGAGAAGAGAACAUUUGGGGGCAGAGGCGUUUAAGUUCCUGUGUAUUGUUUGGUAGUUUACUGUGAGUGCCUGAGCGACUAUGUGCCUCAGCGACUGUGAGUGCCUGAGUGACUGUGUAAAUGCCUCAGCGACUGUGUAAGUGCCCAAGCGACUGUGUGAGAGCUUCAUUACCUGUGUGACUAACUGUGUGAGUGCUUCAUUGCCUGUGUGAGUGCCUGAGUGCCUGUGAGAGUGCCUGAAUAUGCCUGAGUGACCGUGAAUGUCCGAGUGAUUGUGAGUGACUGAACGACUGAGAGAAACUGCUUGCAUUAAGGGCCCACAGCAGCAGCAACAGGAAAACAUGCAUGAGUUGAGGAGGAAAACCCUCUUCUUACUAGACGUUAAGGUUGCAGGAAGGUAUUUAACUGGGGAGUAUAAAAGCAGUAGAGAUAUUGGCGCUGUAGCUUGUGCUUGGGCGUACUACCAGUUCCAGGAUGAAGUGGUCGCUACUAGCCUUGAUUUGUGGAUUACUGGCUGUGUCCCAAGCUUUAGAUAAGGAUGAUGGACGGUUCCUUGCCCGAAGGACUACCAAGACUCAGUUAAUUCUUACGACCACCACAGUAGAGGUUCCACUCACCUGUGCUCUCUUCACCAGUACCGCAGUCUGCCAGAGGAGAAGGUACAGGCGGUAUAACAUUAUGAGCGAAAACUUGGACAAGAUUGAUGACAAGUUAUCGGACUCAGCGGACACACUUACUGAGGAGUCUUGGGAUGGAGACGAAGGAAAUAAUCGCCAUCAAAAGUUGUUAGCCUUGACGCUCAUCAGCACCACCGUGGCCACCUUCACCGUAACCUCCAGUUCUGUUAACCCCUUGACCACCUUCUCCCUCUCCUACUUCUGCACGGCGGCCAACGCUGUCGUGCCACCUGCGUGUUAAUCUGGCGCAGCGACCACUUCUGUACUAGGAGGCACCUCUUACGAUAUCACCCACGAUGUCAUACAGGAUGUCACCAAGGAUUGUCAAUCAGGAUUCAUUUAUAACAAGAUGCAGGAUAUCACCCAUAAUUUCAUGUAGGAUAUCACCUGAAAUUACCAGCCAGAGUUAUCGCCAAAAACACCAGGUAAGAUGUCAUCAGUUAUGGCAGACUUAAUUGACACAAUAAAAAUGUCAAGCACUGUGUCCCCGUCCAGUAAGAUUUGUGAGUAAAUGUCUCCCUCUUCCCUUAUUUAAUGUACCUACUAAACCUACUACUGACGACACCGUUAUGAUAACCAUCCUUGAGUGUCGCUAUUGUAAAUAUGCCAGUCAGUUGUGGUCCUCUUGGGUCUUAUCAAGGUUCAGAACUGGCACGAUGGUAUUUCUGGAUCAUGUUUGUGCGUCUGUAUGUCUGUGGAAGGCUUAAAGAGUAACAUAAAGUUUAAAAAUCAAUAUCAAGUCAACUUUGCAAUCCUGACAGUAGCUCUUGAAUGUCUCUAGUUAUGGAAAGGGAAGAAUUUGUGAACGACUCUUGAGAAUCCACCACACGUGUCUCGUUUGGUCCACAAGUGAACAAAGUCUCGGUGCCUCUAAGUGCUUCCACUAGUAUCUCUGGCGUUUGAACAAUACCCUGAGUUGUGUAAGUUUCAGUUUUUCCUUAAUUAAAUCCUUUAUUAUCCGUAUCAGUUGGAUUCUUCUUGUUAUUGUGGUAAUGUAGUUGACACUGAAGCCUUGUAUAUUGCCAGGUUUAUCCAAUGUUAUUUUUCAUAUUUUUCAUCUUUGUCUUUCUCGAAUCUCUUAUGUUUUUUAAUCAUGUUAUUUACUGCUGUUAUGAAUGUUAUAUGAGGGGUCUUAUGUUAAAAAAAUACACAUUAUAUAUAAAUACUGUAUCAAUA